GAGCCAAACUCUCUCACACCGCGCGCAUACUGUUCGCCCUUGCGCGUUAAUGUGUCGAGGGGGUACCUUGCUGCUCCAUUAGAAAAGCCUGAUCACAUACGCCACCGCAUCACUUUGCGGGCGGAGAUUGGCCUGUCCUCAUCUCUGUGACUCCUUCUUGUCUCAAUCAGUCACUGCGUGGUCUUCAUGGUUCUCAAACCACUGCACGGAGAGCCAGCCAUGCAAGCAACUCGGGCAUCCGCUAUCAGUGUGUUUGCAGACUGCAGCAUCCCCGCCGGCCUGCGGAUAGGACCGGUGCCGGGCGUCUUCAAACUAGGGAAAUACGUUACUGAUCGCAAAGAGGUCGUAACCAAGAGAAAGAUUCGGCUGCUGAGGGGUGAAAUCGUGGAUGAAUCAGGUUGCCCUGUGCCAGACUGGAUUGGGUGUAUCCGGGCGGCCAGAAACAGUCAAGAACAGAACUUGGAGGCUGUCUCAGAUCUACCUAGUGGGCAGAUUUUCUAUCGUGUGCUGACGGAGAUCCCAGCAGGCGAGGAGCUGAGUGUGUGGUACUCCAACACUCUGGCUCAGUGGUACGACAUCCCUACCACUGCCACUCCAACACACGACGAGAAAGGUGAAGAACGCUACAUUUGCUGGUACUGCUGGAGAAUAUUUAAAUAUCCCAACACACUCAAGGCCCACGUCCAUUUCCACUGCGCUCUGAGCAACGGGCGGAGCUUUGUGAACAGCGAGCAGGCCAGGAGCACAGACAGCUUCAGCAGGUCACCCAAAUCCGGGGACAUUCCCUACACCUCCGCCUCGCCCAGGAACGGCCACAACACCUCCAUCUCAGACUCUGUCAGACGGACCGUGUCUUCCUCACCUUUCCUCAACAAAGUUGGCGUAUCAAAGAAACCCAGCUCUGAGGAGCAGGACAGAGCACUUGACAUGAGCGUUACCUCGGCCAGAAACCACGGACAUCUCAUGGGCCUUGGCGCAACGUCUUCAAUGUUGAGCAACAUGGGGUUCCACCCAGGCGUGCGCUCUGCAUUCAAGCCCAUGGGCCAAACCAAAGUCCCCACGGCUGACGUCUACAGAGAGGAAACUAAUGGGAAGCAUAAUGGACUAGGCUUCAGCAAACUCAUGGGGAACAUGAAAUCAACGCGAGCCUUGAAUGAACCUUUGACCGGAAGCCAUCCCUCCAAGUGCGUCCAUCCAUUAGAUUCUACAUCUCCCGUUGUCCCGUGCGCAAACACCCUCAGGGGUUUUCCGUUAAUACCUAAUUUUGAGGAGACAUCAGCUUUCAAGCACGUGGAGAGCCGAAUGCACUCUGGACUGUCCCCCUCGCGCUACUCUCAGAUGUCCUCUGGAUUCCAUUUUGAGAGGUUUUCUCUGCCUCAGUUUGAUGGCGUCAAGCCAUAUAAUGGAGAUUGCAAUAUCCCCCUCAUGCCAUUCACCGUGUACAAUGGCGAGCUGCUUUAUAGUUCACCAUACUACCCACUGAAAUUCCAUUUUAGCAAUCUCCUAAAAUACCCGGAGACAAUGUCCUACUUUGGCGCACCUGCACUCAACCAAGACCUGGGUUCAAUUACCAACAUUGACAGGGAGAUAGCCAUGCACACUCAACAGUUGUCUGAAAUAGCCGUUGAAAAGAACCGAACCAGGCUCGACUCUAUGCCCACUGCUAACACAGGCUCAGGGAAGCCCAAAAAGGGACACUUAUGUCUUUACUGUGGUAAACUGUACUCUCGGAAAUACGGACUCAAGAUUCACAUGAGAACUCACACAGGGUACAAACCGUUGAAGUGCAAAGUUUGUUUUCGGCCCUUCGGUGACCCCAGCAACCUGAAUAAGCACAUCCGUCUGCACGCGGAAGGGAACACCCCGUACAGGUGCGAAUUCUGUGGCAAGGUGCUGGUGCGCCGGAGGGAUUUGGAGCGUCAUGUCAAAUCAAGGCACCCUGGACAAACAAUAAAAAAAGCUGAGGACAAAACCGAGAGCAUAUUCGAGGAUCAAGAGCAAAAGAGCGACAAUGACAGCGACGUAGAUGUAUGCUUCACCGAUGAUCAGAGCGACCAAGAAUCCAGUAAAAUAGAUGAUUAAUUGAGAUUUUGACACGAAUAUGGCAAAGACGGCAUAAUGUUUUGUGAAAUUGUUACAGGUUACCUGUACAUAUUUCUGUGUAAUAUGAUUUCCCCAAGGAGCGAAAGUUAUUUAUGUAUGUUUUAAAGCUAUUGAAAAUGUAAUUGUUCAUUAAAAAAAAAUUCUGAUUAGGACUAGACAAUUUUCAAAUGAGCUUUUUCUUUUACAACAAUGUCCUAUUCGUUUCAGAUGGAACAAAGUAUAGGCAGUAUGAUUUCAGAAUUGUAUAAUAUCACAGCUGAUGAUAAUGAAUUUAUUUUUGUAUACGCUAAUUGGUAGCCAAUAUGUUCCCCAAAUAGAGGUCGGCUGCACUUUUACAAUUACAAUUACUUAAAUGUUGCACUUUCUUGCGAGGGCAUUUAAUUGUUUUAGGGCAAAGUUGAAAAGGCUCAGCAAAUAUUUAUAGCAGUUAGUACCAAUCCAUUAUUUAAGGAUCUUGUUUAUAGUAAAAAAUAACAUCUGAUUUAAACAGCAUCAUGUACAAAUCUAAGAAUAUGAUAUUUCACUGCUCAGUGAAAAAGUGUUGUAUGUUUGUUCAUAAGUGAUAUUGUAUAUUGACAAUAUUUUCCUCUUGUUCAUUGAGUUGUUCCUUUUUAAUAAAUGUAAUUUAAAACUUUGAAAUGGUUUGUAACUUGAUUCAAAUAUAUAGUCUACACUCAAGCCUACUGAUUUAUUAGGCUAUCUAAUGCACAUCAAAUAAAUUCCCCCCACUUUUAACUGCCAUGGAUAGUGCACUAAUGAAUAAUUCGAUAUUCCACUUUUAGCCUACAUUGUAGACAGGGUUAUCAGGAUGUCGUCUCUAUAUUUCCUGUGCAGUUGAAGUUAAGAUUACUUCCGUUUGAAGACGUUUUUCAAAUGGGGUGUCCUCUGAAUUCCUCUGAGGACGCUGUCGAUUCCGGACAAAACGCUUGGCUGUGCGCAUUACAGUAAACCCGCAAUAUAUCUCACCACUGUAGCGCAUGGUGUAGCCAUUAAGAAGAAUGACUUGACUAGUCGACGAGCGUUGGGCCGUUUAUAAAGUAGGCCUACUGGGUUCUUACCUUUGUAAAUACAAUAUUACAUUUGAUUAAUAUCAUCAUCACCAUCAAAAUGGUCUGAUCCAACAAGUAAGAGAUUCAACAAAAUCCAGGUACAUUGAAAACAAACAAAAACGCGGGUUCUGCAACAAGUAGGCUUCUAGAUACAUACUCGAUACAUUUUAUUCAAAUAUUUUUUUUUAAAGAAAAUGAAUAAACAUGGUCUGUUUCCAACACAUUCAUGAAUCUAUACGAAUAUGUGCUGAAAGGCCUGGCUGGAAAUGAAAUCAACCUCAAUCUUGAUAGAGAGCUAAACCUUCGACAACAUGCACUAUUCACGACAUAAAGUCAACUUCUCCCUAUAGAGAUAAGGAGCAGUUUUAACCGUGCAGUGAAAAUGCUUCCUUCCUACAUUGUGCGUAAAAGUGCAGUUUCAGGAAGGUGUCUUGUUCCGUGGAAAGAGCAGAUAUAAUCUUAAAAUAACAGCAGGUCAGAUUUAUGGCCUGUUGUAAAAGGAACAUUUAAAAGGGCAAAAUACGUUUAUUUGGGGAAAAAGGUCCGAUCCAGAAAAGGGUUAGAACAAAAAUAUUGAUGCAUUUCAGACUCAGAUAGUUCUAAAAUAGUAUAAAGUG